AUGAGAGGAAACAUAGAGAAACUAGUGAAGAGGAAGAAGAACAAGAAGAAGAGGAGGAAGAGGAAGAAGGUGAGGAGGAAGACAAAAGUGAGGAAGAAGAGGAAGAAAAGACCAAAAAAGUACCGAAACAGAAAGCCAAAGCAGAUGUUACCUCCGGUAAGCAAACAGGUAGUGGUGCUCAGGACCCUCAGUUCUGGAACAACGUCCUACCACAGCUCUGGAUACUGGCCAUACACUGAUGAUGAAGAUGUGCGAUACACAGAAGUCCGCUGUCUUAAACUGGCCAUGCCAUCUAAUGGAGGUUAUAAGUGUUCAGACGGAUCAUACUUCAACUCCCGCUGCCAGUUUUUCUGCUCACCGGGAUACACACUUCGAGGAGACCUCAGCGCCUCCUGUCAAAGCAGCAGAACGUGGAGCGGUGGCAACAGUGUGUGUGUGGAUGUGGAUCCCCCAGUUAUUACGUGUCCUAAUAUAAAGGAGAAGACUGCUGAACCAGGGAAACUCACCGCCAAAGUGACGUGGGACACACCAGAGGGCAAAGACACGGCAGACGGCAUCCUAACAGAUGUUAUACUGAAAGGAAAGCCGUCAGGCACGCACAUCCCAGAAGGGAAUCAUAAAUUAUCAUACACUGUGUUUGACCGUGCUGAGAACAAGGCGACCUGCAGGUUCAAUGUCCGAGUGAGAGUGCGUCGCUGUACUCCUCUCUCUGUCCCUGACAAUGGAUGGAUGAAAUGUGACAGUGCGGCUGAUAAUUACGGGGCCACGUGUGAAUUCCGCUGUCUGGGUGGCUAUGAGCUGAGGGGCAGCGCCGCCAGAGUCUGCCAAUUUAACAUGGAGUGGUCUGGCCUGGAGACUUCUUGUGCUCCCAUGAAUAUUAAUGUUGGUGUGCGGUCUGCUGCUGCAUUACUGGACCAGUUCUAUGAGAAACGCCGUGUUCUGAUAAUCUCCGCCCCCUCAGCUGCCAAUCACUACUACAGAUUCCAAAUGACUAAUUUACAGCAUGCCCAGUGUGGUCUGGACUUGAGACAUGUGACAGUGAUUGAGUUGGUGGGGGUUUAUCCAGCUCAGAUUGGCCGCAUCAGACACAGACCUAUCCCUCCAGGACUAGCUCUACAACUCAGGUUGCUGCUGCAGCUGUCUCAGAACUCAUUUAACAUGGUGCUGCUGGACAAACAGGGAGUGGAUAAGCAGCGCUACACUUUCCCCAUCACAGCAGCAGAGAUCUUUACCACCAUUGACACAUUUCCGCUCCGCACCGAGGAGGCCACACUACAGAAAGAGGCUGGACAGAGCUGCUAGAUGUAUAUAUACAGUACACACACUUACAUCUGAUCCUACUGGGUAUAAAGCUACCAAACUACACAAGAGAGAGUCUGGUUAGAGCUGCUACAUCUUUAUCACAUAUUGAAAACAUACACACAUCUCUAAACAUGAGUAUUUGUUGUUUGUCUUUUUUAUGACGCUCUACUCUAUUUUAUUUGCCUGGUGUCUCUAUUUAUGUCAGAGUGGACAGUCUACUUUUUUAAAGAAAUUCUAUCAAAGCAAUAUUAUGGCAAUAAAGGCCUGUUUGAUGAUUGACAUUUGAGAGCAUGGGACUCAGCUUUCUUAAAAUGCCAGUCAUGUUUAUCUUAAUUCUCUAGUUUGUCAAAUAAAUAUGCUCAAAUUGAAUAGAGUACAACAGAGGAAUGAUAAAUAGGUUUUCAAUUUAUUAUAUAUGGAAUAAUGUAUUAAAUGUUACA